GUAGGCAUUGCACAAACCCUAGAUAUAUAUAUAAAGUAGCUUGCAACUUUAUUUUAACACCCCCGGUUAUAUUACAAUCAACUAUAUAAAAUGGCUAUUGGUGGAUUAGGACAAUUGGACCAAGAAUACGAUGGUUCCAACUUAAGAAUUGGUAUUCUUCAUGCAAGAUGGAAUAAAGAAAUCAUUGAUGCCCUUGUAGAGGGUGCUAUUAAAAAGUUACUCUCUUUAAAUGUCAAGAGAGAAAAUAUCAUUAUUGAAACCGUUCCAGGAUCCUUUGAAUUACCAUAUGGUUCCAAAUUAUUUGUUGAAAAACAAAAAAGGUUAGGUAAACCAUUGGACGCCGUUAUUCCAAUUGGUGUUUUAAUCAAGGGAUCAACUAUGCAUUUUGAAUACAUUUGUGACUCGACCACUCAUCAAUUAAUGAAAUUGAACUUUGAAUUAGGUAUCCCUGUUAUCUUUGGUGUUUUGACUUGUCUUACUUUAGAACAAGCUGAAGCUAGAGCUGGAUUGAUUGAAGGUAAAAUGCACAACCAUGGUGAAGACUGGGGUGCUGCUGCUGUUGAAAUGGCUACUAAAUUUAACUAGAAAGUCAAUAUUUUGUAUUUAUUUAGUUUAAUAAUGAGACAUUUACAGUAACUUA